GUGGUCACCAUGCCUGAGUACCUGAAGAAGAGGUUUGGAGGACAGCGCAUUCGCAUCUAUCUCUCUGUGCUGUCCCUCUUCCUGUAUGUUUUCACUAAGAUCUCAGCAGACAUGUUCUCUGGUGCCAUUUUUAUCAACCAGGCACUUGGAUUGAAUAUCUACCUUGCUGUCGUCAUGCUGCUAUUGAUUACUGCGCUGUACACUGUCACAGGUGGAUUGGCUGCAGUGAUCUACACGGACACCUUACAGACCGUAGUCAUGGUCGUUGGAUCAUUCAUCCUCAUGGGCUUUGCUUUCAAUGAGGUGGGAGGCUAUGAAAGCUUCCAGCAGCUCUACAUGGAGUCCGUCCCCUCUAUCACGACUAACGUCAGUGCGAGCUGCUACGAGCCUCGGGCCGACUCCUUCCACAUUUUUAGGAAUGCGAUUACAGGAGACCUGCCAUGGCCUGGCCUCGUCUUUGGACUCACCAUUCAGGCCACCUGGUACUGGUGCACUGAUCAGGUGAUUGUCCAGCGAUGCCUCUCAGCUAAGAAUUUAUCUCACGUUAAGGCAGGCUGUAUCUUGUGCGGCUACCUGAAGCUGCUACCGAUGUUCCUCAUGGUUUUCCCCGGGAUGAUAAGCAGGAUCCUCUACCCAAAUGAGGUGGCAUGUGUGGAUCCAGCUGAAUGUCAAAAAUACUGUGGUGCCAGUGUGGGCUGCACCAACAUCGCUUAUCCCAAACUGGUGGUGGAUCUCAUGCCCGAUGGUCUGCGCGGUCUCAUGCUGUCGGUGAUGAUGGCCUCUCUGAUGAGCUCACUUACCUCCAUCUUCAACAGUGCCAGUACUCUCUUCACAAUGGACAUCUACACUAAGAUUCGCCCCACAUCCAGUGAAAAGGAACUCAUGAUUGCCGGCAGAGUGUUUAUCGUGGCCCUGAUUGGUGUGAGCAUAGCAUGGAUCCCUGUGGUGCAAUCGGCCCAGAGUGGUCAGCUCUUUGACUACAUCCAGUCCAUCACCAGCUACCUCACACCACCUGUUGCAGCUGUUUUCAUGCUUGCCAUCUUCUGCAAGCGUGUCAAUGAGUCUGGUGCAUUUUACGGCCUCGCAAUUGGCCUUCUUAUCGGCCUGUCCAGAAUGAUUGCUGAGUUUGCUUUUGGGACAGGCAGCUGCAUUAGCCCCAGUAACUGUCCCACCAUCAUAUGUGGAGUCCACUACCUCUACUUCUCCAUCAUCCUGUUUGUUGUCUCCUGUAUCAUCAUCCUGGGAGUCUCUCUCGUGACCAAACCCAUUGACGACAAGCAUUUGUAUCGACUGUGCUGGAGCUUGAGGAACCGCACAGAGGAGAGGGUGGACCUUGAACAGGAUGAUUGGAUUGAUAACCAAGAGUCCAACAAUAUGGACAUAGACACAGAAGAGCCCGAGGAGGAACCAGGUUUUUGCAAGAAGGCGGUGAUGUGCUUCUGUGGCCUGGAGCAGCAAACGGCCCCCCCGUUGAGUCCAGAGGAGCAGGAGGAGCUGCAGAAGAAGCUCACAGACACCUCGGAGGUGCCUCUAUGGAGAAACAUUGUCAAUGCAAACGCCCUCAUCCUCCUGUGUGUGGCUGUUUUCUUUCAUGGUUUUUUUGGUUAA